CUUCGAUGGCAACCUAACGGGAGACAGCAUGGCCUCUCCUUCCACCCUCCGCAAAGCAGCUCAUUCCCACACCCUCGGCGACGAACUCACCGCUGCCUGCCGGCUUCUCUAGACGCGGUUCUGGCGACAGCCCCAGCCCGCGAAGCUCAGACACUGCAUCAUCCACCAUCUACCACACAUGGCUGCCGUCACUCUGCUCGGCGUCCUGCUGGGUGUCGUCGCGUUGGGCAGUUUCUUGUCUCUCGGGCUGUAUCAGGUCGGAAAGCUCAUAGGCUCCAUCAUCGCAAGCAAGACGCAGCACAGAAGGGACAUUUUGAUUGAAAAAGCUGACAAGGAGGAUGGCGAGCUGACGACAUACAAGGCGGGAGGACACAAGGGUACCGCUUCGUCCAGUAGUUCUCUGUCCAGCGAGUGGGACAAAGUGACCGAAGAGGAGGAUCGAGAGAAGACACCUGUCCCAGCCUCCGACUAUCGAGGUGUGAUUGGCUUCUUCCACCCCUUCUGCAAUGCAGGCGGUGGUGGAGAGCGUGUGCUGUUCGCUGCAAUCUUGGCCACACAGCAACGUCACCCCAAUGCUCUCUGUGUAGUCUACACUGGCGAUAAUGAUGCGACAAGAGACCAGAUCCUGGCAAACGUCCACGAUCGUUUCGACAUCGAUCUCAAUCCAGCGAGAGUCGUCUUCCUAUAUCUACAGACGAGAGAUUGGGUUCUAGCGAGCAGAUGGCCCCGCUUCACCCUACUCGGACAGUCUCUCGGCAGUCUCAUUCUAGCAUGGGAUGCUUUCAACCUGCUCGUGCCUGACAUAUUCGUGGACACCAUGGGAUAUGGUUUUAUUCUCGCCCUCUGCCGCUUCCUCUUUCCAAAGGUCCCCACAGGCGCGUAUGUUCACUACCCCACAAUAUCAACAGAUAUGUUGCGAUCCUUGCACAACACCACCGGCAACCAGGGUCUGAACUCCGGCCAAGGCUCAGGCUGGAAAGGUCGUGCAAAGCAGACCUACUGGGAAUGGUUCGCAUCACUCUAUCGCUGGGUAGGCGGGAACGUGGAUGUGGUAAUGACCAAUUCUACGUGGACACAGAAUCACAUAUCAGAGCUAUGGGGCAAAGCACGCACGCAACAGAAGAUGCGACAUCCGAUACAAGUCGUUUACCCGCCUUGUGCGGUUGAGGAGCUACAAAAAAGCAUCCCUGUCGAUCACGCGAGCGAAGCAAGCAGGACCAACAAUAUUCUUUACAUUGCUCAGUUUCGAUCAGAAAAGAAGCACGAAGAUAUCAUCAAAGCUUUUCACCUCUUCCUGCGCAGCCACCAUGCAAACACCCCGGUUGAUCAGCGGCCGAAGCUCAUUCUGAUCGGCAGUGUGAGGAACGACACGGACGAUGAGAAGAAAGUCUACAAACUCCGCUUACAAGCGCAAGAAAUCAAAGACAGUGUCGAUUUCAUCGUCAAUGCCAAGUACUCGCAAGUGGUUGAAUACUUGAAGAGCAGUUCUGUGGGUGUCAAUGGGAUGUGGAACGAACAUUUCGGAAUUGGGGUGGUGGAAUAUCAAGCUGCAGGCCUCAUCGCAGUGGUCAACGAUAGCGGCGGUCCAAAAGAGGACAUUGUUGUUGAUAUCGACGGCAAACCAACUGGUUUCCACGCCUCUACACCCGAAGACUUCGCAGAGGGUUUCUACAAAGCUCUCUCGCUCUCCUCGACUGAAGCCUUUGAGAUGCGACUUCGAGCGCGAAAGAGCUCUUUACGAUUCUCAGAGCAGGUCUUUGCGGAUGCUUGGUUGAAGCAAUUGGCGUUGCUGAUUGCUUUGUCGUCGGAGCGAAGAUAGAUUUCUCAGAUCAUGAGAAAGGGUGUGAGUUGGAGUCUGUGCUAUUGGGCAGCGAGGAAAUGUGCACCAUCAGCGACGUGCAUGAGUAGGAAGCGACAGAUUGCGAGUGGGACACCUUGCAGUGGUGAAGCCGGAAACAUGAGGCCAGAGAUGCUAGCGGGCCAGUACUGCUGGUUCCCGUGGAUUGAAUGAGUGUAGAAUGGGUUGCAUGCAUCAUUUAUGAUACCCUCUCCUUUUGAUUGUCAGACAGACAUACUGCAGCAAUCUGAAUGAGCUGCUGAGUGCAGUCUUAC